UGCAGAUCUAGUUCAGUGGCCGGAGGAACGACCAUUUUAACUGGUCAACCUUUUGCCUAUGUUUUGUGUUCUGUAUUACGAAUUCAACGUUGUGACAACUGUUUGUACAGUAAUUAUUAAAAUGUCACACUGAAGGCGUGAUUUCGAAGUUGUAAACAGUGAUCAUUUGUACUUCGUGUGCGAUAAUUUAUGGUAUAUGGGAGGAUCGAGAAAAAUAUACUACGUACUUGUGGAAAAUUGAAUAUUCUGCCUUUGGUCUGAUCUGUCAUUGAUAAAAUGAAAGAGAAAGUUGAUACCAUCAAAAACGGAUCAACUAUUAUCACUGCCAAACCAUUUGCCUUUGUGCUCAGUUCCAAACACAGAUUUAGUCGAUGUGACAAUUGUCUAAAAAGUGGAAAACUCUCUAAAUGUUCUGGUUGUCAGUAUGUAUAUUAUUGUGAUCGUACUUGCCAGAGGGAAUCUUGGAGUGUACAUAAAUCAGAAUGCCCCAACUUGAAACGAAUAUCUCCUCGCGUUCUGCCAGAUGCUGCUCGGCUUAUGGCACGAAUAAUUGUCAAGCUAAAGAAUGGAGGAGCUGACGAAGUUGGUUAUUAUACAGAAACAAAUUACAGGAAAUUUAAGGACUUGAUGUCACAUUAUUCAGAUAUAAAGCAAGACAAAAAACGGAUGGAGCAUUUUACAUCUCUCUGCGGAGUCUUGUUUGAAUAUCUUGGAAAAACACUUAUUCCAAAUUCUGCUGAAUUGAUGGGGAUAUAUGGUCGAAUAUGUGUGAAUUCAUUUAAUAUUUUGGAUCCAGAUAUGAAUAGUAUUGCUGUGGGUAUAUAUUUAGGUCCUUCCAUAAUAGACCAUAGCUGUAUCCCAAAUGCAAUAGCUGUUUUCGAAGGUACCACGAUUAUAAUCCGAACAUUACAAGAUCUCCCUCGCCUAGAUUGGUCCCAGAUACGAAUAUCCUACAUUGACUUACUCAAUUCAACUGAGGAUAGAAGAGCAGAGUUGAAGGAUUCGUAUUACUUUUGGUGCAACUGCCAAAGAUGUUUGCAACCAGAGCCAUUCGUUGCAGCAGCUACUUGUCCACAUCGAAAUUGUACAAAUCCCUGUUCCCCUGACAUACGAGUGUGUUCAGACUGUGGUCAGGAGUUUCCUCAUGGAUUUAAAGAAAAGUUUGACCAAGUUACUGAGUUUACUGCUCACCAUUUACAAAAUAUGAAGUCCAUGGCUUAUCUAGACAUUAGUAAAAUGUGCCUAAUGAAGCAGGAGGGUAUCCUGCAUCCUUUUAAUUUACAACGUGUCCGUACCAUAGAAUCAGCAUUUGAAGCUGCUGUAAAUUUAAAUGUUUGGGAGGAUGCAAAAGCUUACGCUAUACAAUUAAUUCCAGGGUACCUGAUGUAUUAUGGACAUGUGCACCCUUUAACUGGAUUGUUGCAUCUCAUGCUGGGAAAAAUUCUUUUGUAUUUGGGAGAGUCAAAGUGUGCAUUGGAAAAACUCAAAGAAGCUAGUGCGAUACUGUGUAUAACUCAUGGUGAAAGACAUUCUCUGUUUAGAGAAAGUUUGCGACCCUUGAUGUGCCAAGCAACGGCGGAAGUUCGUUAAUUGACUCGGAACAAAUAGUAACAUAGUAUAACUUUAUAAUUUUAAGUAAUAAAAUUAUUUUACAGUCAA